AUGUCCAAAAAAGAUGCUGCGACCGAAAGCGAAGAUACUGCACCAGUGAUCGAAGAAAUAAGUGAAAAACGUGUUGGUUGCGCCCACUACAAGCGCCGUGCUAAGUUUGUGACGCCAUGCUGCAACAAACUCUACAUGUGCAGAUACUGUCAUGAUGAGAACGAGGAACACUACUUUAACCGGAAGUCAGUCACUGAGCUUAUAUGCACAGAAUGUGAUACACGGCAAAAAGUGCAAGCUGAAUGUGAGAAUUGUGGUGUGCGUUUUGGAAAGUACACAUGUCUGAUCUGCAAUCUAUUCGAUGAUGAGGACAAGAAACAAUAUCACUGCGACGGGUGCGGGAUCUGUCGCGUUGGUGGACGGGAUAGAUUCUUCCACUGUGAACGGUGCAAUAUGUGCCUCCCAGUUCAGUUGCAACGCGUUGGGCAUCGGUGCGUAGAGAACGUGUCUCGCGCUAACUGUCCAGUUUGUCUGGAGGACAUCCACACAUCUCGUAUACCCUGUCACAUCCCGGAUUGUGGACACCUCCUACACCGACCCUGCUUCGAGCAGAUGUUGAAAUCUGGCCACUACGCCUGCCCCACCUGCCAGACUAGUAUGAUUGAUAUGUCAAAUUUGUGGAAAUACCUCGAUUCGGAAGUGGCCGCGACGCCGAUGCCGCCAGAAUACGCCGAUUAUAAAACCACUAUACUUUGCAAGGAUUGUCAUAAAUUAUCAACAGUGAAAUUCCACGUGGUCGGGUUGAAGUGCCAGCACUGCGGUGCUUAUAACACUUGUCAGACGAAUGGAUUUCAUAAAGAUUCUGGUACAUCCGACCAAGCAGAUUCCUCAACAUCUACGUCCAGCCGUAGCCCAUCCACUUCCUCGUCCUCCACGUUCGCUGAAGCUGAGCAGAACGAGUUACCUCGCGCCAACCCCAUGGACGAGCCACCGCAGGCCUGA